UCUGUCUCUCUCACGCUCUUUUAAGGCAGAUCACCCUGGAAGGAAGAAUAGAACUUGUCGUUGUUUUGAAAAAUGGACAGAUAUGAGGACAUCUACUCCAACACACCCCCUGCGCCCCCACCAAAGCCGGGCAGCCACGAAGUCUCUCGCAUAGGCACACCGACAACGGUCAACUCCCCUCGACCAGCGCCGCCAUUGCAAGACUAUCACCAACACUCCGAUCUCCCCGAAGCAGCGAGCCUGACGGCAGCACAACAGGCGCAGAUCUCACAUCCGCAGGCAAUCCCGGACCCGGGAGAACAGUGGCUGCCCGGGUUCCUAGAGGGCAAAUCAAAACAAGACCUCGCCGAGAUCCUCUCCACCCCGACCCUCCUAUCCGGUCUCGUCCACGCCCCCUCCACCGCCCACGCGUCCACCCAGUCCAGCACCGAGGCCCUGUCCACCUCCCUCGCCGAGAACGUCGACCUGGCCACGCACCUCCUCGAGCUCGAGUCCCGGCUCGCACACUCCCGCGCCUCCGCACAGGCCCUCCUGCUGUCGGCGCACGCGCUCGAGAGGCAGUGGCGCGCCAAGCAAGGGGAGAUGGACCACGCGCUGGGGCCCUUUGCGCCCGCGAGCCUGUACCAGCGGCUGUCGGGGGGCCUGGCGGAGCAGGAAGGGGUGUGUGUUGCGCUGGAGGAGAGCUUUCUGGAGGGUGAAGGGGAGGGCGGGCAGGCUACGGAGCGGGAGACGUUGGAGUGGGUGAGGAGGUAUCGGGACGCCAGGAGGGGGUAUUAUCUGCGCAAAGAGAGGAAGGAGAGAUGGGAUGAGGGACGGGUUGGGGGUUGGAGAUGA